AUGGAUGACAUUCGAAAGGAGGCAAAGGAGAAUUGGAAUCUAAAAGGCGGAGUGAAGAUGGCUCCUAUGGGGAAGGGGUAUAUUCUUUUUCAAUUCGAAAGAGACGGAGACAUGGCAGCUAUGUGGAGACGAAGUCUUACAAGAAUCCGUGGGCAAGUCAUCAGAUUCCAGCCUUGGAAGGCAGAUUUUGAUGUUCAUGCCAAAAACGUCAAAACCAAGUUGGUUUGGAUCAAAUUCCCUGACCUGCCACUUGAAUACUGGCACGAGAAGAUUCUGCUAACCAUGGCUAAGGCAUCAGGGAGACCCGUGGAACUGGACAGACGCACUCAAUCUGCGGCAAUGGGCACUUUUGCAAGGGUCCAGGUAGAGGUUGAGAUUGGAGCAACCAGACUCGAAGAAAUCCAAGUAGAACGAAGGCAACCAGGAACUAAUGAGACAUUCUGGUUCAAACAAAAUAUUAUUUAUGAAGAUGCCUUGAUCAGAUGUGGUUUCUACAAAAAAAUGGGACACUUUGUCCAUGCAUGUAGGGUGAGGAGGGAAGCAGAGACCAGGAAGGAGUCGCAGCGCAAAGAGACUGUCCCAGGGGCGACCUAUGCAGAUGAAGAGGAUGGCGUCCAGAGCAAUGGUCAUCGGAAAGAGAGCAAUGGCCACCGGGAUGAGCAGUUUCCGAUGACUGGUGCAUCAAAUUUGGAAAGGAUUUCUUUCCUUUCCAAGGAACGAUCUCCUUCCUUUUUUGAAUCGCACACUUUAAGGAACAUUGAAGGCAAAUCGGUUAUGAAUAAUUUGAAUGGGGACAUACAAAUCUGCCUUCUAUUAGAAGAAGAAUGGAAUAAGGAAGGAAAUAUUCCAGAAGGGUGCGUUUUUGAACAAGUCAACGAAGGGGAGAAUGACUUGGAUGAUGGGGCGGACUCUAUGGCUGGAUCGGAUAAUGGGUUUGAUGGUAGAAAUGGGGCCCUUAUGGAUAAUCGUCCCUAUUCUCAACCCACAGGAAAUAACGCCUCUUCUCCUCUUGAGGCUGAAAAUGACACGAAUAGGGCCAUGCACAAGAAGGACUCUUCAAGCCCGAUUUACACUGGACAAGGCAGUGAUGAUCGAGUGAUGGCUCCGAGUAGUCGUGGCGAGCAUCAUAGGACUGGUAGGUGCCAACCAAUGCAAUGGUACAAUAAUGUCAUCUCGUCAUUCAAUCCCCUCGAGAUUAAUGGUGGCACGGUGGUGGUUAAUCAAAAGGAGGUAGAGUAG